CGACGGCGGAGCAAUCCCCGUAACCUUUUACGAAAGCGGCGCAGCUAACGUGCGUAGCGACAAAGACAGCGAGCCCGAAACCUAUGGGGAAGGAAUAAAAAAAGAAAUUCGUUAUCGUCGCACUCUGUACCUAAAGACCAUCGUUUUCUGAGGAGGUCGCGGCCCCGGAGUCUUGGCGAGGACACCGAAAUUUAACGGCAACGAGGGCGGUCUUUGAUUCAGCGCAGAUACGUUGAAUUCGUUGAGGAAAACGGUGACAACUGGCAGAUUUUUUUUUUUCCGUUGGACGGUCUGUAGGCUAGGGUAUAGCGAGGGAGCCGCCAUGGCAGUCGGAUCAUUGAGCCUCCACAUCGGGAUAUGAAGAGGAACCGCAUGUGUCCCGAAUCGUCAAGAAAACGCCGCUUUAACCUUUUUAUUAUCGCCCCGGAUCAGCUCUCUUAACACCUGACCCUCCUUCAUCUUCGUGAAAUUGAUUCUGCACCCAGAAAGAAAUCGCAAUUGGGUUUUAAACGGGGGUGUGUGUGUGGGGGGGUGGGGGGGUCGGCCACAGGGAGAGGCCAGAUUCAUGACUAUUUUAGUCGGAGACGUGUCUUCAAAAGGUCCGCUGAAAGAAAACCGGGACUACAAGGAGGAAAUGCCGCUCUGAUUGACCGGUGGUGGGCAGGAAAGGGUCGUUUAUUAAGGGGAUAAGAGUGAAGGAGAACGGGGUCGCUUUCUGCCCGUCUUGUUUUAAUCAUAGCGCUAUUCAUAUAACCGUCAUCCGUUUUUUGGAUGAGUAGGUUCGGCGAAUCGAUCAACCCCGCCGUUUAAAGCAAAGUCACGCUCUCCCCGAGUCGAGAGAGAGAGAGAGAGGAAUCAAAAGGGAUCGGAACAUGUCGGGUCGGCCCAGGACCACAUCCUUCGCGGAGAGCUGCAAACCAGUGCCGCAGCCCUCGGCUUUCGGCAGCAUGAAAGUCAGCAGAGAUAAAGAUGGCAGCAAGGUAACGACAGUGGUGGCCACCCCGGGCCAAGGCCCCGACCGGCCACAGGAGGUGAGCUACACGGACACCAAGGUCAUCGGCAACGGCUCGUUUGGCGUCGUCUACCAGGCUAAACUCUGCGACUCCGGAGAGAUGGUGGCCAUCAAGAAAGUCCUGCAAGACAAGAGGUUCAAGAACCGGGAGCUGCAGAUCAUGAGGAAGUUGGACCACUGCAACAUCGUGCGCUUGCGCUACUUCUUCUACUCCAGUGGAGACAAGAAAGAUGAAGUGUAUCUGAAUCUGGUUCUGGAUUACGUUCCUGAGACGGUCUACCGAGUGGCCAGACACUACAGCCGAGCCAAGCAGACUCUGCCCAUGGUUUAUGUCAAGUUGUACAUGUACCAGCUGUUCAGGAGUCUGGCCUACAUCCAUUCUUUUGGGAUCUGUCAUCGGGACAUCAAGCCCCAGAAUCUGCUGCUGGAUCCAGAGACCGCUGUGCUCAAGCUCUGCGACUUCGGCAGUGCGAAGCAGCUGGUCCGUGGGGAGCCCAAUGUGUCCUACAUCUGCUCUCGCUACUAUCGAGCCCCUGAGCUCAUCUUCGGUGCCACUGACUACACUUCCAGCAUAGACGUGUGGUCAGCAGGCUGCGUUCUGGCAGAGCUGUUGCUAGGACAACCAAUCUUCCCUGGCGACAGUGGAGUGGAUCAAUUGGUUGAAAUCAUCAAGGUUCUCGGGACCCCAACCCGAGAGCAGAUUCGUGAGAUGAACCCCAACUACACCGAGUUCAAAUUCCCCCAGAUUAAGGCACAUCCUUGGACUAAGGUGAGUCAACAGGUGUUCCGGCCACGUACACCUCCGGAGGCCAUCGCCCUGUGCUCUCGCCUGCUGGAGUACACGCCCACGGCCCGCCUCACCCCUCUAGAGGCCUGCGCGCACUCUUUCUUUGACGAGCUACGCGACCCUAACGUCAAACUGCCCAACGGGAGAGAGAAGCCCUCCCUCUUCAAUUUCACCACCCAGGAGUUAUCCAGUAAUCCCUCUUUGGCCUCCAUACUCCUCCCGGCCCACGCCCGCAACCAGGCAGCCGCCUCUACCCCAACCAACACCUCUGCCACCACAGAUGGCAGCAGCACAGAGCGAGGUCCCAGCACCACCACCGCCUCUGCCUCGGCCUCCAACUCCACCUCCUGAGCCCACAGAUGACCCGCCCCGCCCCGGUCUCAGCCCCAGCCCACGGCCUCUCCAUUGCCUUGGCCAGGGGGGUGAGCUCCGCUCAGCUCCGCUCCGCUCUCCUCCCUGACAGCAGCGGAGUGACACUGACGCUGUCCGGGUUCAACAGCUAGCCAACAGCCCCACGCCACGACCACAAACGAAGCAUCCCUAACCCGCUUCUUUUAUCCCUGACUGGCCCUUCAUCCAGCUGUUUGAACUCUACUCCAUCCUCCGUCAGACGUCGCUCCAUACCCUUUCAACAGGGAAGGGAAGCGCAGGGCCAGAGCUGUUGUCGACUGUACUAUUGAGUACACUGUACAUGUAUACACAAUGCUAGCCUGCUAAUGUUUGUAAGAGGACAAUCUGUAGAAAAAGUCCUAAGCUGUUCCCUAUCUGGCCUUCCCCCUUUGUCCUCCUCCACAUUGUCCCAUUUUUUUCUGCAUCCUUUGACCUCUGACCUCACGUGUCCCCUGGCCGAUCCCACCUAUGGUUCCUCCUGUAGUGCAUGGCCUGAGUAUGGUUAGGAUCACCCGGGGAUCAUCCGCCCUUUCACUUCUCACCCCCACUUCCACAGACAAGGCAUGAGGCUCACGCACGGGUAUACACACAUACACAUUCAUAAACACACGCACACACACACAUACACUCACAUGGGUGCAUGAUGAUCCUGAUGUAUGUGGAAAGAAGCAGUAGUCUUGGGGUAAAGUUUGGACUUUUUUUUUUUUUUUUUUUUUUUUUGCCUGAGGUUGUUUUUAAAUGGUCAGAAAAGCUGUUUUACUCGACCUUGUUUUUAAUUUUAGUUUUGUACUCCUGGGCAGAUGUUUUUGGAUUGCCACGUGCAAUGGAUGUGACGAGUAUCUGGUCCUGUGUGCUUGUAUAAUAUAUACAUACAAUACAAAAAAACAAACAUGCAUACAUACAACAGUUUAUAUAUUACUUUUCCUUAUGUAUAAAAAGUAUAUAUAGAUAUAUGUAUAUUAACUACAAUGGUUCAGAAAUCAUUUAUGGUGAGCCCAUAUCUGGCAGAGCAGUGGCAAUAUUUGCCGCUGCUUAAGGACAAUAGAUUUAGAUAUGGUGGUGUUUUUGUUUUCUUUGCUGGAGUGUGGUUAGAUUCCAGCAGUCUCUUUCUCAUUCUCCUGUGUUGUCUCUAUUCGGGCUGUAGAUGGAUUUAGGGCAUCGCUCUAUUCCCCGCCUUUUGUACCGACUGUCUGUAACAGUGUUGUCCCCCCCCCCCCCUCCCCUCCCCUCCCCCCUGUCUCGCUCCUCCUCUUUCUCGCCGUCUCCCUGAAGAAGUCGAGAUGUUUCCUGACACUGUUUCUUUCCUCGGCACCUUGAGGAGUCCGGCCGCCGGUCCCUCGGCUCGUCUCCGGCUGUCUCGCGUGUCGUGACCACUGACUGAAGUGUUAGCCUAGCCUUCUUUCUCCUCCACCCGCCGCACAUAGAGCCACUCGGUACAGUCUGUCCACGCGUCUUAUUUACAGAGAAUACUCUCUACAUAACAACAACAACAAAAAAAGAAGAAAAGAAAAAAAGAAGAAUUUGUAAAUACAGUAUAAAUGCUCCUCACCAAAAUUCUGACAUGUAUGACUUGUAUGUUUUUUUUUUUAUUAUUAUUUUUUUUUUUUAAUGUUAUGUGGAUUUAGUUUUUCCCAUGUUGUGUUAAAGGUAUGUAUAUAUGCAGACCCAUGUACUGUUUAUGAGCAAAAACAAAGAUGACAAAGGGUAUGGAAAGACAUGAAAAAAAAACAGAUUAAAAAAAAAAAAACAGAUUAAAAAAAAACAAUCAGGUCAAAACUGAUGUUUGUGGAUAUUGUAGAUUAUGACGAUGAUCAGCUUUAUCCAGCCAUAUGUUCAAUCUUACCUGUACAGUACAGUAGAUGACAGCUGUAUUAUUGUAACAAGAACUAGUCAUGUAUAGUGUAACUAUAGUUUGGAGUGCCUUUGCUUUCAUACACCUUCGCUUGUCCCCCCCCCCUUACCCAGCCCCCGGCAUCGCCCUCUCACCCCGAUUGUGACUCUCCCUUUGGUGCUGUUGAAUGUCCUGCUAUCCCGCCACACACACACACACACACACACACACACACACACACACACACACACACACACACAUAUAUACACACACACACUGUCACACUUGAUUUUCAGGCCCUUCCGCUCGCACCGCUUCCCCUUUUUUUUUUUCAUCGCACACGUAUUGUAAUAUACAGACAUUGUUAAUUCUAAGGACUUUUUUUCUUCUUUUUUUUCCCCCUUAAAUGAAGAAGCAAUUAGAUCAGUGUUUGUUUUAAUAGUAAUUUUUAAUUUUUUUACUUUUUUUUUUAUCUUGGACACACAUGCACGCACAAACAUGUAUACCAUAGUUCUGGCAUGGGCUCCGGGGCAUGAAGUGAAGGGAGGGGGUCCUCAUACACACACACAGUGUGUACAGUACAGUGUGUUAAUCACAGUGUUGGUUCCGUUACCAAAGCCAAACUAAGAUGUCGUUGUGAUGAGCCAUCCUCGGAGGCAGUAAUGUGUUCGGUCUCUCUGGAUAUUUUGCUGUUCAGCUGUCCUCUUGCUUGUUCUCCUUCCUGUCGGCAUACUUGGAGGGCGGGAGGGAUUCAGUAGCACCUAAAGGUCGAGUCUUGUAGCCUCUCUCCUGUCUCCUGCUUGCUGUAAUUUCGCAUUCAUGGACGUGUUGCUAACCACCACACAAAAGUUUGACCACCUCACCCUACCCCUGACUCCAGUUCAGUAAAAACACCACAUAGGUUUCCAAAAUAGACAAGCAAGCGCACAUGCUCGUAUAUUAUAUUAUAUUAUAUUAUAUUAUAUUAUUCAAGCAUGUACACUAUGCCAACUGAGGUUAAAGAAAAUUAAAAAAAUCAUAGAAAAUACAAAAACAUCCUGUAUAACAGUACUACUACUUGAAUGCCUCUGUUUGUGACAGAAACGUUUUAUUUCUUUUCUCUUUUUUUUUUUUUUUUUUCUUUUGUUCUGUGAAGGUAAGCUAAAUGUGCACCUCUGUAAAUAUUCCCUCUGCGUGCUCUGAGGAAUAGUUCCCUGGUACUGUAAUUUGCAUUAAAUAAAGAGUAGGAUAGCCUGGAAAUGAU